GGAACUUCUGCAUGCCUCAGGACAUGGGCAAAAAGGGGAAAAAAAAAUCGAGGUAUUUAAAAUGUUAAAUUCUUUAAAAUAACGGUAAACCCAUUACCUGUUAAGUAACAUUUUUAUUUUGCAAAAAACUAUUUCCAAAACAAAAAAUUUAGUAAGAGGAGUGGCAUUAUUUUACUUAUGCAAAUCUCUUGACUGUCUAACUUAAUAGAAGACAGCUGGAUUCUCAUAGCUGCAUCUAGAGUCAAUCUGUUGCAAAGUUAUUUUGGUUGAAAUCUAUGAAGAAGAUCCGGCCGCGCACAAAAAAGGGAGGAGUAUUUUCAUACCCCUUUUGGACCUUAUAUCAAAACUCUCUAAGCAUCGUUUCUUAAAGGCUAGUUGCAAUGUGGAAUCGGAAAUCAUAUCAUUUUUUUCCCUUUGAUGUGUUAAAAUCCAUUGGCCUGUCCUGCACUUGCAAUGGACCUUUUACCCAUGUGUGGAUUUGCACUACUUAGAAAAUACUGGUCAGUAAGUGAUGCAGAUCUGCUAAAGUCACACUCUUUCUGAUUAUUCUUACCUCAUCGGGAAAAGUAUUGGGAAACUGUCAAGCUUAGAGUGGCAGAUGUCAAGUUUUCCACAAUGCUUGAAAGCUCAAAUUUUAUCAUUGUCAAGAAAUACCGUCAGUUAUUUUCCUUGAAGAAACAGACUCACUUUGUUCAUUUUUGAAAAAAUGACUGCCAAAUACCCAAGUCAGAAUAACCACAGUUUGUCAAUUGUUCUUUCAAGUAGAAAUGGUAGUCCAUGAAAAAACAGCUAGUUCAGCUUGCAGCUCAGUUACACAAGUGCUUUUCUUCUAGACAGCCUCACGGUACAGAAGCCCCCUGCUUCGUAUGUACUUCCCAGCUUGUCACAAAGAACCUCGAAAUGACCUGUACUCAAGGGUCAGGAUUGAAUAAAAGUAAUUCCUUCUGCUGGCUUCCUUAGGGAUAUUCAUAAAGGAAACUGACUUUUGUAAACUGCUAAUGUGUGGUGAAGAGCCACCGCCUGGAUGAGUGCUAAGGCGCCAGCCGUUUCCCCGCCAUUCCUCUUGCACCAUCAGUGCAAAUGUCAGCACAGUGAAAAAGACAAAUAAUGUCUUUGUAUUAUCCUCAAAAUAGUUUUGACCUCUGAGAAGGUCUUGGGAACCCCCAGGAGUCCAGACAUCACACUUUGAGAACCACUCACGGAGGGACUUUGGGCCUCCUUUCUCAUUCCUCACCCUUCACCUGACCCUGCUUUGCAGUUUUCCUCCAGACGUCAACUUGCCAGUAUCCAUGGCUUCUUAGUCAUACAGUCUGGAGUAGCUCUCUGUGAGAUGGUGACACUGUCAUGAGUCUAGGUAGAAUGGGGAGUCCACAGGGCAGGCAUUCACUCAGCAUUCAGCUAAGAGUUUCCAGCUCCUGCAGUCCCCACGAGAUGCUGAAGCCCAACCUCCCUCCUGCCCAACGACGUUUUUUUUCCUGCUUAGCUUAGGGCACAGUUUAAAUUUAAAUGUCUUCCCAGGUCCUCUUAGGAAGACACGAUUUCGUUUAUACUUGUAGUGGUUAACAUACUGUUGCUUUGCAUGCUCAGUCAUUUUCUAAAAAUCAGUCAGUUCCUUAAUUCCUUCUUCAAGUACCAAAUGAGUUGCCGUUUCCUUUGUAAUCCGCAUGUUGUCCAAUAAAAGAGAGGGCGUUUUGUAAAUAUUUGUUUCAGUGUAACGAAAUCAAAACUGAAAGCCAGCCGAGUCAAACAAGUGUGCGUUAGUUGUACAUUUCCUGACUGCAGGCGUUGGAACGAUCACAAGUAGCGAACGUGGUUCACUGCUAUGCUUUUUUACUCCUUGUUCACUGCAGCCUCUUGAGGCCCAAUAGUCCACAGAUGCUCAAAUGAGGGCUGGAGUUCUGAGCGCCCGGGUACUGCGUGUUCUGGCGGUGUGUGUUUGCACAUUGUUAAAACCUGGCAAGAGAGCGGUAGCCAGGACCCUGCAGGCGGGGCCCAGCAGCCACCGAGCCAGCUGGGCUCCGUCGGCGCUCGGGCUCGGCACCCCCGCCCGGCGCAGCCUCGGGCCCGGCCGGCGGAGCGCCGUGCCCUUUUAAGGAGGCGGACCGUACCACCAGAACUUUGUUGACGGGGGUGUUCAGGCGAACUCGGACAACUUCAAGUGAGCCAAAGGCGGUCUCCUUUCCCUUCGAGCGCGGGUCCGAGGUCUAGUGCGGCUCGGCGGGGGCAGCGCGCGGGUGGGCGUAGCGCGCAGAGCCCUGCGGUUUCCCUUCUCUGGACUCGCCCGGCAGGGUCUCACUUGCUCCGAAUUCGGACGCGACGCUCCCCGGCCCCGUCCGGAGGGUAGUUCGCCCGCAGAGGCCCCAGUGCCCGGAUGUCCAUCAGGAUUAGCGCGAGCCAAUACCGUCGGAGCCCGAGGCUGCGCUGAGGACGCCCGGGCUCGGGAGCAGGUAGUCCCGUAACAUCGGGGAGUCGCGCUGGGGAAUCGUCCCCGCCCGGCCCCGGCAAAUGCUGAGCGCGGCGCUGGCAGAAGGGCCGCGGCUUGAAGGCUCUGAUGGACAGGAGACCUUGAGCUCUAUAAAUUGAAUUAUGGCAGCCCAGUCAAGCAGCUUGUACAAUGAAGACAGAAACCUGCUUCGGAUUAGAGAGAAGGAGAGACGCAACCAGGAAGCUCACCAAGAGAAGGAGGCAUUCUCUGAAAAGAUCCCCCUUUUUGGAGAGCCCUACAAGACAGAAAAAGGUGAUGAGCUCUCCAGCCGGAUACAGAACAUGCUGGGCAACUACGAAGAAAUGAAGGAGUUUCUUAGUACCAAGUCCCACUCUCAACGCUUGGAUGCUUCCGAACACAGGUUGGGAAAGCCCAGAUAUCCUUUACUUCCCGAGAAGGGGAGCGGCAUCCCAUCCCACUCCUUCCACCCCAGCCUCCACCACCAGCCAGGGAACACGCCUGCCUCUGGACCACUUCCUGUUGGUACCAUCAGCCAGAACCCAAAGAUGGCGCAGCCCAGGAUGGAGCCAGUGCCGAGUCUCCAGGGCAAAAGCUACGGGCCCCCGGACGGGCCGCUCCUGCCCCAAGAUCGCCUCGCUCCCGAGGGCUACGGCUCCAGUCAGCACAAAAAGCGCGAGCGCAGAGCUGACGGCGACCACGGUGCUUUGAUGCCAGACCCGGCCCCGGAGCGGGAGCUCGCGCCUCUCUUCGCUCUGCCGUCCCCGGUCCCCCCUCUGUCUCCUGUACAUUCCAACCAGCAGACUCUCCCCAGGAUGCAGGGAAGCAGCAAGGGUCACAGCAGCAGCAGCAGCAGCAGCAGCAAGGGCUACGGCCCGGGCAAGUCUCCCAAGGACCUGGCGGGAAAGGUCCCCGAGAAAGAGACCCCUCAAGAGCCUUCGGGGGCCACGGCUGGCCUGGGGGGAGCCCCGCCCCCGCCCCCUUCUCAGACGUUCCCCCCGCCCCCCCUCCCGUCAAAAAGCCUUGCAAUGCAGCAGAAGCCCACGGCCUACGUCCGGCCCAUGGAUGGCCAAGAUCAGGCCCCCAGCGAGUCCCCUGAACUGAAGCCGCUGCCGGAAGACUUCCGGCAACAGACCUUUGAAAAAACAGACUUAAAAGUGCCUGCCAAAACCAAGCUCACUAAGCUCAAAAUGCCUGCUCAGUCGGUCGAGCAGACCUACUCCAAUGAAGUCCAUUGUGUUGAAGAGAUUCUGAAGGAAAUGACCCAUUCAUGGCCGCCUCCUCUGACAGCCAUACACACGCCCGGUACUGCUGAGCCGUCCAAAUUUCCUUUUCCCACAAAGGAUUCUCAGCAUAUUAGUUCUGCAACCCAAAACCAAAAACAAUAUGACACAUCUUCAAAACCCCACAGUAAUCCUCAGCAGGGAACAUCCAUGCUCAGAGAUGACCUUCAGCUCAGUGACAGUGAGGACAGUGAUGGCGAUCAAACCCCAGAGAAGCCUCCUUCCGCAUCUGCACCUCCAAGCGCCCCGCCACCCCCGCCGCCGCCGCCUCCGCCUCCGCCGCCGCCCCCCGAGGCGGCCUCCGCACAUUCCAGCAGCGCAGAGUCGGAGAGCACCAGCGACUCGGACAGCUCCUCGGACUCGGAGAGCGAGAGCAGCUCCAGUGACAGCGAGGAGAACGAGCCCCAGGAAGCCCCGGCUCCCCCCGAGCCCGAGCCUCCGACAACAAACAAAUGGCAGCUGGACAACUGGCUGACCAAAGUCAGCCAGCCCCCGGUGCCCGCCGAGGCCCCGGGCAGCGCCGAGCCCCCGCCUCGGCACGCGGACAAUAAGGGCAAGGGCGGCGACAGCGCCCCCGCGGGUCACGAGCGCUCGGAGUCCAAAGAGCCUGCCCCCAAAAGCUCCAGCCGAGGCCCCCGGGGCCCUUCCGAAGGCCCCCACUCGGGCAAGAGGACCUGUCAGAAGUCCCCCGCCCAGCAGGAACCCCCGCAGAGGCAAACCGUGGGAACCAAACAGCCCAAAAAACCCGCCAAGCCCUCCGCCCCUGCGGACGCGCGCGCCUGCGUACAAGCGGAGAGCCAGCUGGGCUCCAAAGACCAGCCCUCCAAAGACAAGCCCAAGGUCAAGACGAAAGGGCGGCCGCGCGCCGGCGAGAGCUGCGAGCCCAAGCCGCCAGCGCCUGCGCCUGCCCCUGGCCCGGGUGAGCGGAAGAAGCACCGGAGCGGCCCCGCCGACCCCCCGAAGGCGCCCCCGAAGGAGGCAGCAGAGGACGGGAGCCCCGAUCACUUUGCGCUCGUCCCCCUGACGCAGAGCCAGGGCCCCGCCCGCGGUGGCGCCAGGACUAGUGGCUGCCGACUGGCCGUGGUCGUGCAGGAGGACCGCCGCAAGGACAGACCCCCGGGGCCUUCGCGGGACACCAAGCUGCUCUCCCCGCUCAGGGACACUCCGCCCCCGCAAAGCUUGAUGGUGAAGAUCACCCUGGAUCUCCUCUCCCGGGUCCCCCAGCCCCCCGGGAAGGCCAGCCGCCCCAAGAAGCCGGAGGACAAACCGCCCGUGGCCGCGAAGAAGCCCGAUCCUGAGAAGCGAAGCUCAGACCCCGCCAGCAAGUUGGCCAAAAAGAGAAAGGGCGAAUCAGAAAGAGAUCACGAGAGCAAGAAAACCAGACUGGAGAAGGAAAUCAAAUCACAGUCAUCAGCUUCAUCCUCCCACAAAGAACCUUCUAAGUCAAAAACGCCUCGGCCCUCCUCGGAGCCCUCCAAGAAGGAGCCGCUUCCCCCUCCGCUUGUCUCAUCCUCGUCCUCCCAGAAGCCAGCCAAACCUGCACAAAAGAGGCCGAGGCAGGAAGCAGACGCCUGUGGCCAGGACCCUCCCAAAAGUGCCAGUAGUAGCAAGGGCAUCCACAAAGACUCUUCCGUUUCCAAGCACAGAAAAGUGGACGGGAAGGGCUCUGGAAGCUCUACAGAACACAGAGGAUCUUCUGGAGAUACUGCAAACCGUUUCCCAGUGCCUUGUUUGCCAAAUGGUAACUCCAAACCAGGGAAGCCUCACGUGAAGUCUGACAAACAACAAGCAGAUUUUCACAUGAAGGAGGCCAAAAGGUUGAAGGACAAAGCAGAACUAGUGACGGACAAGGUCGGGAAGGCGUUCAAGUACCUGGAAGCCGCCUUGGCCUUCAUCGAGUGUGGCAUCGCCGUGGAGUCGGAGAGCCCGGCGUCCCGGUCCGCUUACUCCAUCUACUCGGAGACCCUCGACCUCAUCAAAUCCAUAAUGUCAUUAAAAUCCUUCUCAGAUGCCACAACACCAACACAGGAGAAAAUAUUUGCUGUUUUAUGCAUGCGCUGCCAGUCCAUUUUGAACAUGGCGAUGUUUCGUUGUAAAAAAGAUAUAGCAAUAAAGUAUUCCCGAACUCUCAACGAACACUUCUUCAAGACUUCUUCCCGAGUUGCCCAGGCACCUUCGCCAUGCAUUGCAAGAAGCACAGGCACGCCGUCCCCGCUCUCGCCGACGCCUUCGCCAGCCGGCUCUCUCGGAUCGCAGUCCGGCGCCGGCGGCGGGAUGCCCGCCGCUGUCAGCACCCCGGUCACCAUCCAGAACAUGACAUCUUCCUAUGUCAGCAUCACUUCCCACGUCCUUACCGCCUUUGACCUUUGGGAACAGGCUGAGGUCCUCAUCAAGAAGAACAAAGAAUUUUUUGCUCAGCUCAGCACAAGCGUGUGUGCCCUGGCCCUCAACAGCAGUUUGAUGGAUCUGGUGCAUUAUACAAGACAGGGUUUUCAGCGGCUAAAACAAGUCACCAAAACCCCUUAGUGGAGGCCCAGGUUGCUUUGAUGUCUUGGGAACUUUUUUGCACAUUGGAAGCCUCAAAACAGUCCAGACAUUUGUCUCACCAGGACACCAAACUCAAGAAGAAAAGCACCAUGAGAUGGCCAGGACGUUUGUUCCCUGAAACCCUCGACACCUCUGGAAUCAUUGGCUGGACACAGUGCUUACGCGGAGGCGGAAGGGAGGGGGCUGGCCUCAGAGACAGCCUGCCUUUCCCGACCGAAGGACAGACGUGCAAUGCAGCCUGAGUGGGUGUGUGUGUGGUCUAGAAACAUUUCAUUUUUUCUAACCAGCAGGAUGAGAGUGAAACGAAGAGGAGCAGUUUCAACUCUGAAAGCAAAUCGCAUCAUCUCCGUAGCCACAUGAGUUCAUUCCCAGAAAGAAAUUUUUGUAACCGUGAAUCGUGGUGUAGGUUUUGGUGGAUUUUUUUUUUUUUUUUAACGUUUCGGGAAAAUAACUUGUUGAAUGCAUUCUAAUGUGGUCAUCUCUAAAGCGUAAGUCGUGAAGGACGCCACUCUGCCCCACUUUCUGCCAGUGAACGGUGGCUUCGAUCACAUCAGGUCUUGUCACGAUGUCUAAGAUUGACGGCAACCCCGAAUCGCCUGGAGAACUGGACGGCCGCCCCGGCCCCGAUUGCUCCGGUGCUGGGUUGGAGGAGGCCUCGGGCUGUGGAGAGAGAGGCCAUGGAGCUGCCCGGCGUGGCAGAGGGCCGGGCGCCACCGUCACCCCUGUCCCCCCGCCCUGCUUCAGCUAAAGCCGUGCCCGUGGAAUACGUUCUUGACUUUGCACCGUGGGGCAGAAGAGAUCCACCGUCUGUCUGUCACCUGACGGUUACAGUGCUUGCUGGUUUUUGUUUAAAGUAGAGCUGGAAUUUGCGGUGCUGAUCUGGGGUCUGCAGUUACGUGGUAACUCAUGUUGUCUUACCAACUCAGAGUUUUGUCUGCAAACAAAAGAAAAUCCACUUCUUAGAGAGGCUAUAUUUUUCUGCUACGAAUUAUUUUAUAUUUAUAGCAAAACGAGGCUUUGAUUGUCCAGGGGAGGUUAUCUCCCUGAGAGGCUCUAUGGAGAUUUGGGGUGGUUAAUUAGACUUAAAAAAAAAAAAAAAAUUGUCACCGCAUGCCUUCACUCCAGAAUGUUCUCAGUCUCAGAUUUGAUUAGAUUGAGGAAGAACUGUGGCCUUCCCAUAAGCUGUUAUGGCCAGAGGCUAGCCAUUAAACCAAGUUUAUUUUCAAUGACCUAAAGUGGGAGGGAGGGAAAGCUUAGAAUUUCCACAUAUCCAUAAGCACAGAUUUCUUUGAUUGAAACUUUGGGGGUCACUAUUGGAAGCAUUAUUGUGAGUGCAGUGUUUUUAGAAGCCAACCCUUGUCCCUUUUAGAAGUCGAAUUUGCACAUGUAUCACACCCGAGGAGUGAGCGUUGGCGCAGCAAUUGCUUUUUCUCCCUCCGGCCUCUUCCACCCUCUCCGCGCUGUUCCCUGCCAAGCCUGUUUGACCUUGUCAUAUUUAUUUAUUCGUGAAGAAGGGCGUACCACCUUUAUUUAUAAUGAAGAGGUCGAAGGGCCAUGUGAUGAAUGUAAGAGCUUCCUUGGUAAUUUGGUAGCUGUGUAGUAGAGAGGCGUCAAAGUUGGGAGUGAUGCUUCUUUUUCACUGUAGGUGUGAAGCUGUGUCUUCUGUGGCCCAGCCUGUUCUUUGGCUGUUGAUGUUCUAAAGCAAAGCCAUGGUCCUCUUUAAACUCCUUGUUCAAAAAGCAACUUGUGAAAUGAACAGUAAUUGCCUGCUCAUUGGCAUAGGUUGUACGCUUGCGGCAUCGCUUGUGCAGCUCUCAGAUGCAAGAGCCAAGACACCGGAACCAGGCUGAUGUGGUUCUUGAGCCUCUUUCCCCCGUGGGCCAUUCCCACCCCCUUCACCCCAUCACUCGCCAGCACAAGCCACCUGCCAGUUUGGGAGGGUGUGUUUUUGAGGACUGUUCUGAUCUAUGCAGACUGUGCCGUGUGUGUGUGUCUCUCUCUCUUUCUCUCUCUCUCCUGUCAGGAGCCACAGUGCCCCCUUGACUGACAACAUUUCCAAGUCAAUUUUUCAGCCGUUUCUAAAAAAAAAAAGGUGAUUGGCUUUUUCAGUGGCCUUAUUCUUUGUGUAUGUGUGUUUUUUCCCCUGACCUUUAUAUGAACAUUUUAUUUGUCCCUUGAAAACCUAAUGAAUUCGCAGAGGUCCAUUUGUACUCUUUUGAUCAUGGAGUGUUUCUGAUUCGUACUGCAACAUGCAUUGUACCUAAAAGAAUUCGUAGUGGCUUCUUUUUAAAAAGAAUGUCAGAGGCAGUGGGCAAUGAAUCCUUCGUGGUCCCAAGGUCUUUUUGCUGUGACAGUUGUAUAUAGAAAUCAAAAGGAUUUUUUAAUCAUUUGCACUUUUUUCACUGCAUGCUUAAAUUCCCAAAGGCAAGAUUUGAACGCAGGCAGGUCACUGAAGGGACUAGGUGAUAAAAUUAAGCCUUUUGAGUACGUGGCGUUCUUGUGACAACCAUUAAUAGUACACCCUUCACAGUGAGACAAAUACAAGAAACACAUCUUGCGUGAAAAUGAGUAUAAAAAUCUUGCCUCUGGCACUACACUUCGGGGGGUGUGUGUGUGUGUGUCUGUCUGUCUGUCUUUUAGUAGAAAAUGGAAGAACACUGUUUUUCUUUUGAAAAUGUUGAAUGCUUCUGUCCUUGGAGAUAAUUAAAAUGUGAGUCACUGAAUGUACGAUGUUCGCCAGACCAAGGGCCCUGAUAAACUAUGAAACACACCUUAUUGAAAUUCUCCAGGUUACACAGGGCUACGAAUGUGAGCCCAUGGGCCAUGUGCUAGCCGUGGUAGAAGAGGGGGAGAGCCCAGCUGGCAUAGUAUCAGCACGAGAACUACACUAGGAGAAUGGCUUAUCUGGUUGUGAUUUAAUCACAAGACUGAAUGGGAAAAGCAUCUGAGUUUUUUAAAACAAAAGGACCUUCAUUUUACAAUGUUUUGACCCACAUGUUUAGCUGUUUCCCUGCACAGAUUGGACCACACUUAGCUCCCUUGUUCUGCAUCCUUUAAUUCCUGACGUCAGGAUGUUCAGAAGCAAAACACCCAUCCCUUUAUGGCUGAAAACUUGUCCUAAUUGGUACCUUAAAUAUUAAUGAUAGUAGAAGCAGGAGCUUACUUUUUAAAAGAUAGGUAAUUCUUGUUCAGUAAACUGUUCAAUAACUUUUAGAAGCAGAAACCAUCGUGCCCUGCAAAAUGAACAAAACUCUUAUUUAUUUCUGAUGAAUGAGAGGAAACGUGUGUGUGUGUGUGUGUGUGUGUGUGUGUGUGUGUGUCUGCGCACGCGCGCACACACAGACACACACGGAGAAUAAGAGGCUAGCCGAAUUGGAUAUAUUUAUUGUGCCUUUGUAGACCAAACAUAAUUUUGGAAUAAUCUAUUUAUUUUGCCAUGACUUUAGGAGAUGUUAGGUGGGUCUUUCACCUCUUCUGCCUCGUGAAGUUUGAGGUGUGUUGGUGCAUGUUGAGGCAAAUGAAUCAAAGACGGCUUGGUUCCCUAGCUGCCACCUUAGAUCCUACAUUUUUUUCUUGAGGAUUGAUUUUCCCAGACACUACACAAAAUCUGCGAAAACCUUUGCCACUUCAUCUGUCACACGUUACCGCUGAAUAGCAGUAUUUAAAUCUUGCAGGAAUAGUUGGCUUUCUGUUGGAAACACACAGGUAGAGGUUUGCUCCUUGCGGCCGUGGGGGGGGGGUGUCAGGAUCAGAGCGGUACUUCCUCCCUUUCCUCUUGCUCUCGUGGGUCGCUGCUUUCGUUGGCUUCUGUUUGGGAGUUGGGGCUGUAAAUGGUUUUCCCUGCGCUUUUCUUUUCUCUCGUCGUUGGGUUUGUGGGAGGUGGAGUGGCAGGUGUUGGGGAUCUUCCUCCAGACAUUGCAGGUGGUGUUUUUACCACGGAAACCUCAAAUCCCCCAUCCAGUGUGUCCGUCACCAAAACUACGGGAAGGAACUGUGACCACUGCCCUGUUCUUUAGUUCUUACUUAUGAGGAGUCGACAAGCAUCACCUACCACCUUUCUGAAGGUGGUUGUAACUUUUCUAUUGUCCUGGGGAAGGUGUGCCGGCCGUCGGCAGGUGCGGGGAUGGGUAGAGAAGCGCCUGUAUCUCUCUACACAGGAGGGCAGGAGGGGACCGUCCAGCUCCCCAGAGCCUCGAUAUUACUGGAAGGACGAAGGAAUAAGACCACUGACGGGGAGGCUGGCGGAGCCGCGCUGCUCCGACCGGGCAGGGGCUGCCCAAGGACGAUAACUUGCUUUGCUUAAAAGUAGAUGUUUAAGCGAUGCGUCAUACAGGCAGUAUUAACUUGUGUUAAUUAACUUUAGUUUAACAACAAAAGGCAGUCUGUGCCUUUUUGUUCAGGCCAUCAAUAUGUAUUGUUAAAAUUAACUGCACAUACCCCCCCCCCCAGAUAUCAAGUAUACACUGUUCUCGUUUGUGUGUGUGUGUGUGUGUGUGUGUUUAUACACGUGUGUUCCAGAUCUUUUUUUUUUUUUUUUCUUCUGAAUGUGAUCAUGUUUUUGGAUGAUACCUGAGCAGGGUUGCCUUUUUUUUAUUUAUUACCAUUAUAUAUUAUAUUAUAUUAUAUAUUUUUUGCUUUCUUAUAACUUUAGAGGAAAGUCAAAUCUUGGUAUUAUUAAAAUUGUUUAAAAAAGAUUAAAUUGUCCAGUUGAUACAUGGAGAUCACUGGUCUAUCUCUAAAAUAAUAUGAAUUUUUCUUUAUGGUGUAAUAACGUGUGCCAGCGAUCUAGUCCACACAGCGACUUUGUCCGUAGGCUAGGGAAGCAGUGAUGUCGUCAGUGGGAAGAUGAGCCGCACAGAUGAGGGGACUCCACGUGUUUUACUUACUCAGCAAUGGAACUGCACCUGGGGCUUUGUGAAUAAAAUUUAGCUGCCUUGUAUAGUCCUUUGAAAGAGACAUGUAUGAUCUGUGAGAAUUAUAGUUUGUUUUCUUUUUUUAGAAGAAACAUUUGCAAAAGAUCUUUCCAAAGAAAAUGUGCCACAGAUCUUUUGUUUGUUGUUCUCUGUAAUGAGGAUUAAUUGCUGUUAUAAAAAAAAAAAAAAACAUGUAAUUGACUUGUUUGUCUUCAAAUUCUUUACUUUUCACAAGAGGAUCGAGCUGUAAAAAAAAAAAAAAAUUAAUAAAAAUUUAGAGAAAUCAUUGGGGUGGAAUCCAUGCUUUCGCUGGCCCGAAUAAAGUCAUUCCUAAAAUUG